UUAUGUCCGUCAGUCAAUACAGCAUCUUUAUAUUUCGCCGUGAUCAGCUGAGGCAGUGUUUGAAGCAUGUCGAGGAGGAUUGGGAGAGCAUUAUUAGUGUGGAUACGCGUAACAUUAUGAUGAAAUCCGCAAAGAUGGGCAAACGCCUAGCUACAAUCUGCGGAAUUUUCAUGUACACUGGUGCCUUUACCUUUCGAACUAUCCUACCGUUAUCCCACGGAAAAAUCAUCACCGAUCAGAAUAUUACAAUAAGACCUCUUGCCUGUCCGGGUUAUUUCUUCUCUCUCGACGUGUACGUCAGUCCUAUUUAUGAGAUACUCUUUACAAUUCAAUGUUUAACAGGUAUUGUUAUGGUUUCGAUCGUGAUAAGUGCAUGCGGCUUUACAGCGAUUUUCGUGGUGCAUGCUUGCGGUCAGCUGAAGAUCUUGAUCGAUUUGAUGAGACGUCUGGUGCAGGAACCGUGGAGAGAGGAAAGUGAAGUGGAUGAAAAGUUAGCUCAAAUAGUCAAGCAUCAAGUAAGAGUUCGUAGUUUUUUAAAAUUGGUACAGCAUACUCUGCAAGAAAUAUAUUUGAUAGAAAUUAUGGUGAAUACAAUAGCCAUCUGCCUUUUAUUAUAUUUUAUGAUAGUGGAUUGGCAAAGUAAGAAUAUAGCAGUUUUAUGCACUUAUUUGUUAGGCAUUGCAAACGUGGCAAUUCAUAUGUUUAUAUUUUGUUAUACCGGUGAACAGCUUACCGGUCAGGCGGAAAAGGUUGCCAUUGCAUCGUGCGAACUCGAGUGGUAUCGUCUUCCGAACAGGAAAGCACGCAGCGUUAUAUUACUGAUGAUUAUGUCUAAUACACCAACCAAGAUUUCCGCAGGAAAAUUUGUCGAUUUGUCACUCAAGACAUUUGGUGACUUCAUUUCCGGAUUUAUAAAAUACACCAUCACAGUGGCUAUCUGCAGUCUCGCCGCGCUCUUUGCUAUGCAUCUUUGCGCACAGUUGGAAAUAUUAAUGACGUUAAUGAACAAUUUGAUAAACGAGCCCGAAGAAAAGAAUCUGGAUAGUAGACUGGCCGUGACUGUGGAAUAUCAAAAUAGAAUGAGAAGUUUCUUACAAUUGGUGCAGGAUACUUUGGAAUAUGCGAGCCUAUUAGAAGUGAUGGGAUGUACGAUAAUUGUAUGCCUUUUAGGACACGAUAUUCUGACGGAGUGGGAGGAUCAAAAUGUUAUAGCUAUGUUUUCAUAUCUCGUUCUAUUGACAUCGAUUGGAUUCAACAUUUUUAUUUUUUGUUUUAUCGGUGAACAACUCUCUGUAGAGGGAGAAAAAUUGGCACUUACGGCGUGUACAUUGGCUUGGUAUCGUCUUCCGGAUGCGAAAGCACGAGCACUGAUUUUAGUCAUAGCCAUGUCAAAUAUUCCUACGAAACUUAAAGCUGGAAAAUUUAUUGAUCUUUCUAUCAAGACAUUCGGUGAUCAACGUUUAGAUCAAAUGGACCGUCAAACAAAUACUUUUUAUCGCAAUGACAUCAGACGCACUGUGCAAGUAACGCGCUGUGUUUUAAAUUUGAUCGGCGUAUGGCCAUCGCAAGACGAUUCGUCCGCCUUCACGAUCGUCCGGAUAAAGAUGCUCAGAAUCCUGUGCCAGGCUCUACUGUAUUUCAUCUUCGUGCCGGGAAUACUGAAAAUGUUUCUCAAGGAGACGAACUCUCGUCGUCGCCUCAAAAUGAUCAGUCCCAUGUGCAACUGUCUGAUGGGCGUGCUGAAGCACGCGGUGUUAAUUUGCCGAGGCGACCGCAUCAAGGACUGCAUCAGGCACAUCGAGGAAGAUUGGAGGAAGGUGAAUCUGACAGAAGACCGCAGGAUUAUGAUGAACAAUUCAAAAAUCGGCCGCAGCCUCGCAAUUCUCUGUGUAACUUUUGUCUAUGUCAGCGGUUUUUCGUAUCGCACAAUAAUGCCUUUGUUACGCGGGGUUAUCACUACGCCGCAAAACGUAACGAUCAGACCAAUAGGACACGACGGUUAUUACGUGUUCGUAGACCCACAAAAAACACCUGCUUACGAAAUUAUCUUCACAAUUCAGUAUUUUUGCGGAGUCGUGCAGUACUCGAUAACCAGUGGUGCCUGCAGUCUGGCAGCUCUUCUGAUACUGCACGCCUGUGGCCAAUUGAAAAUUCUUAUCGCCAGGAUGGAGGAUCUCACGGAGAUCAAACACUUUCGUGACAAGAACGCGAAUCGGAAACUGGCGGCUGUUGUGAGGCAACAUAUCCGGAUUAAAAGCUUUUUAAGCAAAGUAGAGGAAACUUUGCAAUAUACGUGUCUGAUAGAAGUGGUCGGAUGCACGUUCAUCUUGUGCCUUCUCGGAUAUUAUAUAAUAAUGGAAUGGGAAGAUAAAAAUGCGGUAUCUAUGACGAUAUACACUAUACUUCUAAUAACAUUCACCUUUAAUAUUUUCAUAUUAUGCUUUAUUGGCGAGCUUCUCACGGAUCAGAGCAUGAAAAUGUACAUUAUUUCCUGUACAACUCUCAAUUGGUAUCGCAUCCCUCACAAAACUGCUCGCAGUCUCGUUUUAGUGAUCGCCGUGUCUAGUAUACCUGUUAAAAUCACCGCAGGAAAAUUUAUGGAUCUAUCUCUCAAUAGCUUUGGUGCCAUCGUACGGACAUCGGUAGCGUAUCUAAAUAUUGCGUGCAACCAGCAUUUAAAUAGUAAAACAGCAGUUAAUUAAACAAAUGUUAGUAAAAUCAUCCGUAGAAAAUCUA